CCCGGGCGAGGAUCGAGAAAGGAAUGCACGCGCGAACGACGCGAGACCCACGGGUGAAAGAGAGUCGAAGAUCGAUGGGAAGCAGCAAGCCACAAACACUUACAAGCACACACAGACACACAGUAAGCGGUGCGAAGAGGAAACGGACAGCCUAGCCCAAGAUCAUGCGUACCACGCGCUAGAGUGUGAGAGAAAGAGAGAGAGAGAGAGAGAGAGAGAGAGAGAGAGAUGGAAAAGAAAACGGACAAAAGAAACUAUGUUGAGCCAUGAGCAGCAUGAAAGUUGUUAGAGGGUACAGUUUUCAAGCACAAUAUUAAGUAACUUUACUAUCGCCUCGACUGGUGCCGCAUACGGAUCGCGGUUUUUUUUUUCUUCUCAGUUCUCAAUAGCGGCCAGGCGCAUCUUUGGCUGACCCAAAAAAAAAAAACAAAAACACACAGAAUAGUCUCACCGCAUAGUUGGCAGUUGGUGUUAUGGUUUUGCACGGAAUUUCCAUUUCCAUCAAGUGAAAGACUAACCACUCACAGGUAUAUUCGGUGUGUGCGAGAAACGUUUACACACGCACAAACGUGUUUAUGUGACUACUAAACAGUGCAAGAGACACAAGAUGAUCCUCAAAGCUGCAGCCUUACUACUGCUGCUCUUCGCGAGCGGGGCCAAAUCGCAAGAUGACUCACUUGCUGGAAGUUUCCUGUCAGGUCUGCUGGAUUCGAUCACAAGCACAGAGGACGCGAAAGGAUGUCCGGGCGUGUGCGUUCACACGCUGGCCACACUGAUCUGCUACGAGGUGCUGGAUGACAUACCGUGCCCCUCGCCCAGCAUGAAGUGCUGCGUGGAAAGUAGUGCGGCGGCCGCAAACAUCACUACCACGCCGCGGCCAAGAACCACCACGACAACGGCGCGUCCCACAACGACGACACCGAAACCGACGACCGAGGCCAAGAUCAAGGAGAAGGACAAUAAAAACAAUUCGUCCUGUCCGGGUGUGUGCGUGGCGGAUCGUAUCGCGGAGUACUGUGAGGCGUACCUCACGACGGCCGGUCUCUGCAAGAGUGGUUCCAAGUGUUGCGUAUCGCGCGACAUCUAUCCGGACAACCCGCCGGACGAGCUGUACAUACCGACGGCACACUUCGAUGCGAAGCAGAACAGAACGACCACGCCGAAACCGUACGCCAAGACGACCGAGCGGCCCCACACCACCGAGGAACCGAUCAAGUCGAAAACGAACCCAACCCAGAAGCCUACGCCGAAACCGACCAAGCCAGCCCCGUCCAAGCUGAAGACGACGCCCGCGACCACAGUCAACAAUGGCCAGGGGCCGGUGUUUAAGGAAUGCGAGGGCGAGUGUGUCAAUGGGCUGUUUGCGCUGUUCUGUGACGAUCUGGACAGCGAGGCGUUCUGUCCGAACGAGGGCUCGUGCUGCAUUACCGGCGUGGCGGAAGACAACAAGCAGCAGAUCGUGACGACAACGAGGCGACCAGCAACGCCGCCGCCACUGCCCCGCUGUCCCGGCUUCUGUCUGCUGAACAUUAUGGCCGCCUUCUGCGAGCGCCCGUCCGUGCUCAUCCCCAACACGGCCAACUGCAAGCGCGGCUCGGUAUGCUGCGACAAUACUCGCGCUCCUCCGCCGAGACCGCCGCAGCAGAAGCGUCCACCGCCAACCACCACCACGACCACACCCGCCCCGACCACGGCCGUGCCGGAUCCGCGCGAAGAGUGUCCCGGCUCGUGCAUCGUCAGUCUGCUCAGCUUCACCUGCUUCCGCAACGCCGAGAUGACCGAUCUGUUCAAGUGCAAAAAGUCCGGCACGCAGUGCUGUGCGCCCAAGUCCAAGAUACAGGAGGUGCAGCAGGCCGCCGCAAGCAAGACAAAGUACAACGACACGAACGGCGGCUAUCCGCCGCAGGCCCUGCCGCCUCCGCCGCCGAUGAUGCAGCCGCAGCAGCAGCCCCCGAUGCCGUACCCAAUGCCACCGUCGGCAGCAAUGCCACCGUCCCAGGUGCAGUCCCCGCUGGCCGGGCCGCACCAGCAGGUGUACGGUCCGCCGGCGCCCAAUCCCUACCCGGGCCCGAUCAGCAACAACAUCUACGAGGUGCCACCGACCCAGCAGCCGCAGUACGCCCAGUCGCCGGUGUACGAGCCGCCGACGACUACGGCCCGACCGCAGGUCUACUCCAAGUACGUGUGCGGCGUGAAGGGAACGAGCCGGGCGGCCAAAUCCAUCCUCAGCCAGGAGGUGCUGCGGCUGGAACGGGAGCACAGCUCGCCGGCCCGCCACGCGCGCCACAUCGACGUGGACAGUCUGUAUCGGUCCAAGAGCUCGGAGCGGCUGGUGCUCGGUAGCAGCAUCGUGCCGAUACCGAUCAUCUACCACGACCACAACGACACCGUGCCGGAGGAUCUGCUGCACCAUCCGAGCGUGAAGGAGAACGCAACGCUGGCCAAGUACUGGAGCCACCAUCGGAAGGGGCGCGUGGUCGGUGGGGAGGAUGGCGAAAAUGGCGAAUGGUGCUGGCAGGUUGCGCUCAUCAACUCGCUCAACCAGUACCUGUGCGGGGCGGCCCUCAUCGGCACGCAGUGGGUGCUGACGGCGGCACACUGUGUAACGAACAUUGUACGAUCGGGUGAUGCCAUCUACGUCCGGGUCGGCGAUUACGAUCUGACGCGAAAGUACGGCAGUCCGGGCGCGCAGACGUUACGGGUAGCGACCACGUACAUCCAUCACAAUCACAACAGCCAAACGCUUGACAACGAUAUCGCCCUGCUGAAGCUGCACGGUCAGGCCGAGCUCCGUGAUGGCGUGUGUUUGGUGUGUCUACCGGCACGAGGUGUCAGCCACGCCGCUGGCAAGCGCUGCACGGUGACGGGAUACGGCUAUAUGGGUGAGGCUGGACCGAUACCGCUGCGGGUGCGUGAGGCCGAAAUCCCGAUCGUCAGUGAUGCCGAGUGCAUACGCAAGGUGAACGCGGUCACCGAGAAGAUCUUCAUCCUGCCGGCGUCCAGCUUCUGUGCGGGCGGUGAGGAAGGCAACGACGCGUGCCAGGGUGACGGGGGCGGUCCGCUCGUGUGCCAGGACGAUGGGUUCUUCGAGCUGGCCGGCCUGGUGUCGUGGGGUUUCGGCUGCGGGCGUGUCGAUGUGCCCGGUGUGUACGUGAAGGUGUCGUCGUUCAUCGGCUGGAUCAACCAGAUCAUUAGCGUUAACAACCAGUAGCUGGAGUAGUAGUAGUAGUAGCAUUAGCAGUAGUAAUAGUACGUAGAUGAAUACCAAACUUUCUCUCCAACAACUUCCAAUAAGCCCCUUGAUUCGUCCCUUCGCCCUGUGCCUUGUGCAGUGCCCAGUAGUUUUAGGAAGAGUUCAGUUUUAAGGUGUGCUGUGAGAGCUUGCACACGUUUGAUUUCGAUUCAUUUACUCUCUUCAAAAAGACACACACACACUAACAGACAGGAACAAUCGAUGCUAGUUUGUUAAAACGAUAGUGGUAAUAGAUGAGCUUGAGAUGGGAGCGUAACGGAACGGAUGGCUUUAUUCCGUUUGGGAAGUUUCGAAUGAUUAUGUUUGGAAUGGAUAUUUAUUGUAAAAACAAAACAAAAGAAAAAGAAACCCUCCUUCCACUGGUGGUAAGCAAUUGGAAAACGAGACAGUGGAGACAGCUUUCUUGAAUCGACUAGAACCACACCAUAUCCACCACUGCUGCCAUCGUGCUGAAUCGAUGGUAAUAAUCUAAGCCUAGACCCUAAAGCACAUCGAACUUCUGCUAGGAAUUACUUCCAUCUCAUUAACGAUAUUUAAGUAUGCGUGAGUAUUUAUUUAUUUUCCCAUUUACCGCGACAGAUGCAUUACUAAACUCGUUCUGCUAAUGUAAGAAGUAAUGUAAGAGGAACACCGCUAUUAGGCGACAUCCGACAUCUGCAAACCCCCUUCCCCCCCAGAACAAAGCACUGAAUCUUUAAAACGCAUUGCAAUUGUUAGCAAUGGGAAGCAUAAUUGUAGUGAUUGGGAAUAGAGACAAUUUGAUGAAAUUGUUAUACACUGUGUACAAUAAAGUAUCAUGACUGGUUAUGUA